UCGGCCUCCCCACUCGCACCAGCCCAUCCAAGCGCCUGCCAAAUCUCUGUUGCGUGCCUGCCUUGUAUCUGAGCGCCCGUCCGUCUGGCUGUGCGCGCUGCCCUCGCUGCUCUGCUCGUCCUCUUCAUUCAAACCCCACCCGCUACCCACCUCCAAGACUCCUCCAACCUAACCCACCGUCCCUCUUUUGUGCCUCACCCCUCGUACCGUACCGCACAGUACCCAUUCACUACGCAUGUAAUAUCCAGCCCGCCCAUAUCCGCACCUGCCUUUAUCAUAGUAAUACCUACUCACGCCUACCCGAACCUCGACAUCAUAUACGCCAACCACCCACCUCCAGUAGCCCCGGCGGCUCUAAUUGACUGAUCCGCAACCACCUCGCCACCAAUUCACACCCACCGCGCAGAGGGUAGUCGGGUCCGUCUUCAGACGAAAAAGACACCUCCCACCACCGACCGUGGCUCGGUAGAUCUACCCCCCACCACCGCAAGACUUGACGACGACACCAUACUGCCGGGUAUCUGCUAGUGUCUACUAGCAAUCUUCGCCAUGUCUCUUAAGCAGGAAAUCGAGACUUGGGUGGCAGCCCUCGGCGCCUACGACAACAACGAGUUUGAUGAGGCGCUGAAAGUAUUUGACGGCAUUUCCGAUACUUCAAAGAUAUUGUUCAAUUGCGGUGUCAUCCAUGCGACCCUCGGCGAGCAUGAGAAGGCGGUCGAUUGUUACCAGCGCGCUGUGCGUCUGGAUCAGUAUCUUGCCGUCGCCUACUUUCAGCAGGGCGUUUCCAAUUUCCUCAUGGGUGACUUUGAAGAAGCGCUUGCCAACUUCAACGAUACACUACUAUACCUGCGUGGAAACAACAAUAUCGACUACGAGCAACUAGGGUUGAAGUUUAAGCUCUACUCUUGCGAGGUUCUCUUCAACCGCGGUCUCUGUUACAUCUAUCUGCAGCAAAAAGAUGCUGGUAUGCAAGAUUUGGACUUUGCUGCAAAGGAGAAGGUCGUUCCAGAUCACGAGGUGAUUGAUGAAGCAAUUAGAGAAGAGGCAGAGGGAUACACCGUCUUCUCUAUCCCUGUCGGCAUAGUUUAUCGUCCCAACGACGCCAAGGUCAAGAACUUGAAGACCAAGGACUAUCUCGGAAAGGCGCGUCUCGUUGCUGCUUCGGACAGGCAGAACGCAUUCACUGGAUUCGCCGGUUCCGAGAUCAAGAAGCUGGCCAGCUCCGCUACAGACGAUCGACCCGAGGACAAGCUUUCUUUUGCGGCCACCAACCUUGUGAAGCCUGAUCUCCAGAGCAGAGCGAGACAGCAAUCGGAGCCACCCUUGAACCGCAAUGUGUUCCCUCCCACGCCGCCACCAGAGUCCGACAACAGAAGGUCUGCUGAGAAGGGAGCUGCUUCGUCCAAUGCUCCAAUGAGCCGUGCUCAGUCUGUGCGUGGCGGAGGCCCCAAACCACAACCGCUCAACCUGGGUCGCGCUGCUUUCGAUCGUAAAGAGGAACAGUCGCAGCCACAGCGCCGAGGGACAACACGAUCGGCCUCUGAGCGACCACCACCAAGUCGAUCAGACACGAUGCGUUCUGGCCGAGACCGUGAUGUGGACCGCAGAGAUGAUCGGCGUGACGACCGCCGUGACGAUCGCCGUGAUGACCGUAGAGAUGACCGUAGAGACGAUCGCAGAGACGAUAGGCCCCGUCGACGUAACACGGACGAAGAAUACGACGACUACGGGGAUGAUGUUGAUGAUUACUAUCAGCCACGCUCAAAUCGUCCAGGUUAUACUCGGUCCCGCCAGGGGAAGACCUCUCGUCCUGCUUACAUUGACGAGGAAGACGAGGAUGACUAUGACGGAAGCGACCUCGAUGACGCCGAUUUUGAAAUGGUUUCUCGCUCCAAGACGAAGAGCAGGAGGCGAUCCCCUGCCCGCUCAACGACCUCAUCUGGUCGCGGCGGUAGUGGUGGAAAGAUCAAAGUUAAAGUUCACGCGGGUGAUACACGCUACGUUUUUGUUACGCCCAACUCUUCCAUGCGCGAUUUUGUACAGUCUAUUAGGGAGAAGUUUGGACUUCGCCAGAACUUCAAGGUGGAAAUCAAGGAUGACGGUGACAUGAUCACCAUGGCUGACGAAGACGAUCUGGACAUGGCCAUCCAGGCGGCUAAGAGCGCUGCACGCAAGGAAGGCUCCGAUGUACCAAAGAUGGAGGUAUGGAUCAAAUUUCUUACUAUUACAUUGCCCGGCGAGAAGGGAUUGAAUCCGCCCCUUACACCCAGCAUUCAAAUCUCUUCUCAUUAGUCGUUUGAGCAUUCCAUCCCAACAUUUGCGAUCUUGCUGGAACGAGAUGCUAACGUACAUUUGUUUUCAGGUUUGGGUACGAGAAGUUUAGAAAUAGAGAUACCCCGGCGACACACCACUCUCUCAUGAGGGGCCGCUCCCGUUUUUUCCUUUCAUUCACUGUCUCGUUUGGAUUUUCAGCACCGAGAAGUAUGCAACACUUUUCUGUUUUCAAGACCGUAACGUUUUAUUUUUGGAGAGAAUUGCUGCGCUGUCACUACCGUCCGUCCGCAUGAGACCUGGAUAUAAUCUUGCCAUAUUGCUAUCAGCGAGCGAUGAUGUACCAUUUUCAGUUGUCUUCUACACGCAUCAGAUACGAGCCCGAGGAAGAGGCGUUGUUUUUUGUUAUUUCACAGCCGGACUGUUGAGUGUCCGUAGAGUUAUCCAUCAAUCUGGCAGCAUUCUCGAACCAGCGUCAUCUACUGAGCAUUUAAUCACUGGGGUACCGCGUAUACAUAUCAUUUAGAAGAGCGCAGAGAGAGUCAUUGCUUCUUGUUAUUUUGUUUAACCCCAAUAAAGCCAUAUCUUGAGCCUGCAAAUACUGUGCGGAUGAUGCCAGAAGUCGGUGACUAUCAAAAGCGCCGUCGUCAACGUUCAAUGACUUGGUGGAAAGAUGUACACUAAGCCUGGCGCGAGCACUGUACGUGAACGGACAAGAUGCGAAAGUACAAGCCUGACGAUCAAGCAACUGGUGAAUCGGGACACACGCACGUACGCAGGCCGUAUAUGCAAGGCAACGCAACGCCCAGAAAGAGUACGGCCGCUCGAGGCUGGAGCGACAGCGGCACAUCACCCGUUCUCCACACCUGAAGCACGCGAGUAUCAGGCCACUUUGUUUCUGUAACUGCCGUCUCAGGUUUCUGUGUCCCAAACACGUAGGCUUGUCGCAGCCACGAAAAAAAGCCGGAAGCAUGCGCAUUACUCCACAUCUUGCAUUACAUUGCCUUGCAUUGCAUCUCCUUUGUUCCUGAAGGCUCCCCUUGUCCACAUCAUCAUCUCACCCUCUCUUUCUCUCUCUUUCCAUGCCGUUUAGUAUGAGGAUCGUGGCGGUUUUGUCGAUUGAGCUUACUGCACAUUAUUUCGCAACCAAACCUGUUUUUUCAGGGUAUGCGGACUCACAUUGGAUGAAGAAGCCUUACAAAAAGUAUCCGUCGUAGGUGUGUGCUUGUGUAUGGUGCUGGUAGACCUACCAUGCUCCUGGCGUGAUGAUCUCGCGAUUCCGCGAAACACCCCCUUCUUACAUCAGGGCAUUCCCUCACAAUACCACCGAGCCAAGCAAUAAUAAGACGAGGGAUUGUGCGUGUGUGUUGCUCAUCUCAUGUCACCAAGACCUUGGUACUCUUGACUUUUUUCCGUUUUCUUGUCUUUGCUCGACCGCAUCUCGGUGAGAGGGGGUGGAGUGGUUUCGGCGCCGACGGGAAUGACGAUGAUGCUGAUGAUGAUGCAUCAUGAUUAUGGCCUUAGACCGGAGUGGUUUUUUCCAAUGGGAAAGGGAGUCUGUGCGUGAGGUGAGGAGUCUGAUGUCUGUAUCACGGCUCCAGGAGUAUUCAUUGAAAGUGGCGGCGCUGGCGUAAAGAUGCACAUCAGAUGCCUGUACAGGAACGGAAGAUGUGAAUGGAAAAAUGAUGACGGUCGAAACAUUUGUGCUUGGUUUGUGGGGGGUAUACCAUAAGAAUGAAUUAAAUCUGCUCUUCAUUUCCAUAUCCUGCUUGAUGCGGCUGAAAACCAUGAACAUAAUGUGAUGCGGUGCAUGAUAUCUUGAAAUUGGUGGAGCUUGAGCUAUAGCGUCCGUGUCCUACUAUAUCGCUAUAACACAUGUGGGAACCGUUAUGAUGUGCAACCAUUCACUACCAGCUUAGGCUACACCAAUCCGCAAUUCUGGAUACCAUUGCGACAUGGCGAUCGCUACAUGAAGCAUGUUCAGCUCACCCCGUGCUCACAACUGAACCCACACAACACCGGACAUCCGAUCUCCUUCCCGUGAGCCGGGACAAAGUCACGGCCAUUCUUCGCACCGUUUUCUUGUUCUCCACUUUCUUUUUCCUUCUCUCCUACUUGCUGAUCGAUGGAUUGAAAUGGACCCUGUUGAGGCUGACCUGCCUCAGAUCCGAAACCGCAUCCGUUUUCCCCGUCCCAAAACAGAACAAGACGAACAAGCGAAACUCCCAAGUUUCCCAUUCAACGUAUAUCUCG